AUGCCGGGAGCCGGGGCUCGCGCGAGGCGGGCGGCGCGCAAGUCGACGGGCGGCAAGGCCCCGCGCAAGCAGCUGGCCCCCAAGGCGGCCCGCAAGAGCGCACCGGCCACCGGCGCCGUCAAGAAGCCGCACCGCUACCGCUACCGCUACCGGCCCGGCCCGGUGGCCCCGCGCGAGAUCCGGCGCUACCACAAGUCCACGGAGCUGCUGACGCGCGAGAUCGCGCAGGACUUCAAGACCGACCUGCGCUUCCAGAGCUCGGCCGCCAUGGCGCUGCAGGAGGCGUGCGAGGCCUACCUGGUGGGGCUCUUCGAGGACACCAACCUGUGCGCCAUCCACGCCAAGCGCGUCACCGUCACGCCCCAGGCCAGCCAGCCGGCGCGCCGCAUCCGCGGGGAGCGCGCCUAG